AUGUUGUCUGAGAGCAGUAGCUUGAAGACCUAUCAAACCGGCACCAUCCCCAGUUUCAGCAUCAACGUCCCUCACAAGUUCAGCAUUCACACCUACAAGUCUCCAACCUUCUGUGACCACUGUGGUUCGCUGCUGUGGGGAUUAGUUCGGCAGGGCCUGCACUGCAAAAUUUGUAAAAUGAAUGUUCACAUCCGCUGCAAAGGCAACGUCGCCCCAAGCUGCGGCGUCAACAGCGUGGAGCUGGCCAACAAGCUAGCAGAGAUGGGUCUGCAGGCCGGAGGACUCUCCAAGCGAAACACAAUGCAGGUUAAAGAGCCGAGGAGGCAGCCGUCCGAGAGAACGGAGAGUACGACCACGGAGGUUCGGCCGGAUACCCCGCGGCUGGGGAUCUCAGAUUUUACUUUCCUUCAGGUUCUUGGCAAAGGCAGCUUUGGCAAGGGCUCCACAUAA